AUGGGAAGUUAUGUCCAAAUUCAGAACUACCCCAAGAAUCCCAUUCCUGUGUUAUUGUCAUCCUUCAGCAAAGAUUAUUAUAACUUUCGGUCAAAACAUUUCAAGCAUUUCCAUUUCAAAUGCUGGGGUGCAGCUGAAAAUGGGGGAAAUUUUACAAGAUUUAUAAGGAACGUGAAUGUAGAUUCUUGGGCACAAAAUGUUGACUCCCCUGUUGUAGCUUCUCAGCUUUCAGCUCUUUCUUUGUUGCCUUAUCUUGGUUUUCUGUAUUUUAUCACCAAAUCUAAAUCUGCCCCAAGACUCACCCUUUUUGGAUUAUACUUCUUGCUUGCUUUUGUUGGUGCUGCAACCAUUUUUUUGAUGCGUAGCCACAAUAUGGACAAAGGUGCAUUAUGCGACAUCAUUGUCGAAUGUCGACUGGCUGCACGGUGGGCUGAGUCACUACUCAUGGUUACCAACCUAUUUAUCGUGUUGGGCCUCAAACGGGCCCUUCAAAAAACUGAAGAUAAAUCAGAAAACACACCAAGUGUUACUUCUCAAACCAAAGAUGAGGAGAAAGCAGUUGGACAGGAAAUUCGGAGCCAAACCGAACUCGUCAGCUCGAAACUCCAUGCCUCCAAUUGGCGAACUAGUCGUGGAAGCUUGUGCCGAUAUUAUCUUCUCGUGAAAAGUAACUCGAGCCCAAAUGAUCUUCUUCUCCUAUCAAGGAGUCCGAUCUUUGGACUUGCUUUGAGGCCCAACAGUUUUGGGCGUGCCGGUUUUGGUGAUGGCUUGUCGGGUGGAGAUGCAAAAUGUUGUUGUUGUUGUUGUCGUUGUUGGGCUUCCCCGUACUUCAUUAGCAUUUCAGAAAAUGAAAGGCCCGAUUUUAGAUGGGCCGAGGGCGGUGGGACCACAGUAACUCCAAUAAACUUUUGUGAUGGGAAACUUAAAUGGGACUCACCUAGCGAAUAUGCGAUAGAGAACAAGUUGGAGGGGAACCAAUAG